AUUUUUGAAGAAGAAGACCCUAGUUCCCUUUUAUCUAAAUCCGUUGGAAACCGAUUGCCGCUAGCAAAAUCUCCCGAAGAGCAUCCAGUUUGAUCCGCCAUCCCAGUAGCUGCCAUGAAAGGCGAUCAUCGAUCGCUUCUACUUGCUACAGUCCUAAUUUCAUCACUACUACUCUCGGCUUUCGUACACGAUACAAGAGCUGAAGUCAUAACCCUAACUGAAAGUACCUUCUCCGACAAGGUAAAAGAGAAAGACACUGCUUGGUUUGUGAAAUUCUGUGUUCCUUGGUGCAAGCAUUGUAAGAAGUUGGGUUCUUUGUGGGAGGAUCUUGGAAAGACAAUGGAAGGGGAGGAUGAAAUAGAGGUUGGUGAAGUGGACUGUGGUACUAAUAAACCUCUUUGUUCAAAAGUUAAAAUCGGAUCGUAUCCCUCAUUCAAGCUUUUCUAUAAUGGAGAAGAAGUUGCCAGAUAUCGAGGUGCAAAGGAUGUUGAGUCGAUGAAAACAUUUGUUUUAGAAGAGACAGAAAAAGCAACACUGAAUGCACAGCUAGAGGAUGAUAAAGAUUUAUGAUCUACCUUACACUUUCAGUUUCAGGAGGUCUAUCUGAAAAUUAUCCGAGCAGACAUACACUAGUUUCAUCAGAUUAUUUUAUAGUUGUACAACAUUAUUGGCGAUCACGCAGCUAAUAUUUUAUUCUGAUAGAAACUUUUUUGGGGAUGAACUAUUAUGCAUUUUCUUUUCCCCCCAUUCUUUUUUUUUUUGUACUGUUGUCAUUGUAGACCUUGCAAGCAGAGUUUUGUGAUGGGGCAAUAGUUUUUUUCUGUUAUGGGAAUUAGAUCACCUCUUUGUUUACCAA